AUGGUGGCGGCAGCGGAAGCGGGUGAAGGUCUGAAACAAUAUUACCAGCAACACAUCCACGAUGCACAACUCCACGUUCGACAGAAGACUCAUAAUCUCAAUCGCCUUCAGGCUCAGCGUAACGACCUCAACUCCAAAGUAAGGUUGCUUAAGGAAGAGUUGCAGCUGCUUCAAGAGCCUGGAUCUUAUGUUGGUGAAGUUGUCAAAGUAAUGGGAAAAUCAAAAGUCCUCGUGAAGGUCCACCCAGAGGGUAAAUACGUGGUUGAUAUCGAUAAAAACAUUGAUAUUACUAAAAUCACACCAUCAACCAGGGUUGCUCUUAAGAAUGAUAGCUACGUUCUCCAUUUAGUUUUGCCAAGCAAAGUUGACCCGCUUGUAAACCUUAUGAAAGUCGAAAAGGUUCCUGAUUCUACGUAUGAUAUGAUCGGUGGGCUUGACCAGCAAAUUAAAGAGAUUAAGGAGGUUAUCGAACUUCCAAUCAAACAUCCGGAGUUAUUUGAGAGUCUGGGUAUUGCUCAACCGAAGGCGGUUGUUAAUGAUCAUUUUGUAGUGGUGUAA